ACACAGACACACACAACAGCAGCAGCAGCAGCAGCAGCAGCUCCUUCAGUCAGUGAAGAGACGCUCCUCUUCAUCACCUGGAUUGUACAAGUGACCGGCUGAGGACGGAGGACAGAGGAGGGGGACAGAAAGGAGGGACGCUGAGAGGACAGGAGAGGACAGGAGAGGAGAUCACACUGAAGAGAAAGCUUCAUCUGCAGCCUGAAGGCAGUGGCACUGCAGAGGCACAGCAGCACAGUGGGUUACAGCUUUACUGCAAGAGGUAGAAGAAGAUGCGUUCCUGCAACAGUCUGGAGGACAUAACCAAGGCCACGCCAGUGCAGCAGCAGCAGCAGCAGCAGCAGCAGCAGCAGCAACAGCAACAGGCAGACACACGCAAGCGAUGUUCAGAUCGCGAGUCGCCCUCAGGGAGGGCUGAGCACCGCAGCCGUCACCGUGAGCCGCCAAACGACACCGGCACCAUUCAACGGAACCACAAGAUGACCAAGAACAGCAGCUGUGCCAGCGGGAGUGGAAACAGCAGUGGUGCUAUGAAAGGCGGUCGCAAGGAGAAGGGCAGGGACCUUUCCCGAGAUGACCUUGUUUUUCUGCUGAGCUUGCUGGAGGGAGAGCUGCAGGCCAGAGAUGAGGUGAUUACGGUGCUGAAGGCAGAGAAAAUUGACUUGGCCCUGCUGGAGGCCAAAUAUGGCUUUGUCACACCACACAACGUCCUUCAGGCUCUGCAGAGAGACGCCAUCCAGGGAAAGACUGAUGACUUCCAGGAGGACAUUUAUGAGAAGCCCAUGAUAGAGCUGGAUAAGUUGGUGGACAAGCAGAGGGAGACACACCGGCGCAUGCUGGAGCAGCUGCUGAUGGUGGAGCAGUCCCACAAACAGACUCUGUACAAGCUGGAGGACGAGAAGAAGAACCACAGAGAGUUCAUGAAGAAGAGCGAUGAGUUCACCAACCUGCUGGAGCAGGAACGUGAGCGAUUGAAGCUGUUAAUUGACCAGGAAAAGGCAUACCAAGAACGGAAAGAGGAAGAGAACAAUAAAAAGGUCACAAGCCUGAAGGAGGAGCUGACAAAACUCAAGUCCUUUGCGUUGAUGGUGGUGGAUGAACAGCAGCGUCUCACUGAGCAGCUGAGUCAACAAACAGCCAAGGUCCAAGAACUGAGUGCCAGUGCUUCACAAGCUCAGGAAGAGCUGAGCACAGCUAAUGCCCGUCUGCAGGAAGAGGAGCAAAAGGUUGUUCGCUUGGAGUCUGACUUACAUGACCAAGCCUGUCGAUAUCAUCUGGAAAAAGAGACCAUGACUGCCAAAUUGACCAGUGAGGAUGCCCAAAGCAGGCAGCUGCGCCAAAAACUGUCAACCCUCAGCAGGCAACUUGAUGAGCUGGAGGAGACCAACAAGACCCUGCGCAGAGCAGAAGAAGAACUGCAGGAGCUCAGGGACAAAAUUAGCCGCGGUGAGUGUGGAAACUCCAGCCUCAUGUCUGAGCUUGAGGAAUUGCGCAAAAGGGUACUUGAAAUGGAGGGAAAGGACGAAGAGUUGAUUAGAAUGGAGGACCACUGUAGGGACCUCAACAAGAAACUGGAGAAGGAGGCAAAUCAAAGCCAUAGCCUGAAGGCUGAAGUUGAUAAACUGAACCACAGAAUUAUGGACUUAGAAAAGUUAGAGGAUGCAUUCACCAAAAGCAAACAAGAAUGCAGCUCACUCAAAACUAACUUGGAGAAAGAGAGGACGGUGUCAAAGGUUCUUACCAAUGAGCUGGAACUCUUGAAGGUCAGGGUCAAAGAACUAGAGGCAGCUGAAUCCCAACUGGGAAAGACAGAGAUGAUGUUGAAGGAGGAUUUAACCAAGUUGAAGACUCUGACAGUCAUACUGGUGGAUGAAAGGAAGGCAAUGGCAGAAAAGCUAAAGCAAAUGGAGAACAGGGUCCAGAAUAGCACUGGCAAACUUCAGGCUGAACAGGACAAAGUGACAUCAGUCACAGAGAAGCUCAUAGAGGAGAGCAAGAAAGCACUGCGAUCAAAGGCAGAGCUGGAGGAAAAAAUGUGCAGCGCAACAAAGGAAAGGGAUGACUUGAAGACCCAGCUGAAGGCUGAGGAUGAGAAGAGCAAAGACUUAGAAUCAAAGAUCAAUAUGAUGAAGAAAAGGCUGCAAUCACUAGAGAACAUAGAAAGGGAAUAUCUGAGGAGCAAAGCAAAAGAGGAGCACAUCAAAACGACUAGUGCUAACCGCUUCCAACAAGAGGACAACAAGGUUAAGGAUUUGACACAGGAGGUUGAACGCCUUAGACGCAAGUUAAAGGACAUGAAGGUGGUAGAAGGGGAUUUGUCAAAAACAGAAGAGUUCGAAUCACUGGAGAAGAGAUUCACCAAUGAACAAGAGAAAGCUAAAACAUUGAUGCAGGAGCUGGAAGUAUCCAGGAAAGAACUUUCAAAGUAUCAACUGGCUGAAAAGAAAGAGUGCAACCAAGAGCAUGUUCUUUAUAAGCGCUUGAAGGAUGAGGAAGCAAAGUCGAGUCAUUUGACCAGAGAGGUUGCAGCUCUGAAAGAGAAGAUUCACGAAUACAUGGGGACCGAGGACUCUAUGUGCCACAUGAAGACUGAUCACUCUACACUGCAAAGAAAACUGACCCAGCAGGAGGUCAGAAACAAAGAACUGGCCAGAGAAAUGGAGACACUCACACGAGAGCUUGAAAGAUACAGACGAUUUAGCAAAAGUCUUCGUCCUGGCAUGAACGGAAGGCGCUUUUCAGACCUUCAUGUCUCCACCAAGGAAGUUCAGACAGAGCCACUUGACUUCAUGUCUCCCAGUUGCACGACAGUGGCACCGCUGGAAUGCGCCGUGGUGAAUGGCAAGCUGUACGACGACAGUAAGCCUGAAGAUAACGCACACUACAGCAAUGAGCUUCAGCUCUCCAAGUGCAGCCCCACAAUUAUUAACAAUGUAAAUAACUUGAACAACAACAUGAGACGAGCACGAGUCCCAUUCCUUAAAAAAGACACCCCGCAUCAGGUGAAUGGCAAAGUGCAGCCACAGCAAAACGGCAAUCACGUCCAGCCUAGAGAUGUAGUGUUGACCCACAGUCCUGGUCAGCCACUGCAUAUUAAAGUGACUCCUGACCACGGACACAACACAGCAACACUAGAGAUCACCAGCCCAACCACAGAAAAUGCCCAGUCAUUUACCAGCACUGCUGUCAUACCCACAAGCGGAGGUCCACCCAAACAGAGAAUUACCAUUAUCCAGAAUGCUUCCAUAUCCCCAACUACAAAAUCCAUCUCUCCCACAACAAAAUCCAAAGGUUCCCCUGUGUCCGAUGAGCUGUGUUCACCAGACAGAGCCCUCUCACCUUUCACUAUGACUACAUACUCCAGAGCAAUGACCCCAGACUCUUGUGGCUCUCUAACACCAGACAGAGCCAUGUCACCUAUUCAAAUCGUGUCCGUCACAACAGGCACGCCUGACCGCUCCCACAGCGCGGAGCCAGUGGAAGUCGUAGGAGGGCACGCGGUGUUCCGUGUGACCCCAGAGAGGCAGAGCAACUGGCAGGUCCAGAGGUCCAACAGCUCUGGGCCAAACAUCAUCACCACGGAGGACAACAAAAUCCACAUUCACUUAGGCAGCCCCUUCAUUCAGAGCAUCAGCACCCCGACACAAACGCUGAGUCCGUGCCACACACCCGCACUCCAAGAGCAAAGGACUCAGGUGAUUGCAAAUUGCAGCACCCCUACUGCCAAAGGCAACAGCAAAAUCACAAGUAGCAUCAUGAUUAAGCCCACCCCCACCCCAAUCCAAAGGCCAUCACAAAUUACAACGCCUCCUGAAGUUUUCCGACGUCAAGGACCCACAAGAAUCCCCAAACCCAAGAGCUAUGGCUCACAGAAAGGGACAAACAGCACGUCGGGAAGCCCCGGAGCGCAGAGCAAGAGUCACUCGCACGUGCCUGCAGCACACAACAACAACAACCCUAAUCUAAUCAACCGCAAACUGUGACACCAUCCCAAGAUCCUUCUUUUUCGGGGUUAAAAUAGAGCUCUAAAAAAGAGUUUUGUACUCGUGUUUUGCAUAAAUAAUUGCUUUUUUUAAUUAAGGAGCUGCUCCUUCUCCCUCACCUGUGGCGCUCUGUCAAUUAUGUCAAUGUCAAGUUCAACGCGAACGCAACACAAAUGCCGUUUUAGAAAGUAGCUUUAAAUGUGACUCCAUUAAAUAAAAGAGAUGGAAUUAUUCACAGUCACAGCUGUGUUUAAGAACAUCACUGUUUAAAAGUAAACAAAACCAAGAGUGUAGCGUUGUUCAUGUGUUCACCUCUGUUGUAAGACACAGUUAUUGAAGCGGUAUUUUCAGUGGCAAUACUGUACAUAAAUGUAUCACUGAUAUGAUGUAACGCAGCUCGUUGAUAGUAAUAACCUUUUAAAUGUGACAUUUGUGUUAUUUUUUGGUUAUCAAUAAAUACUUUUU